AAGAAGUUACUCCUACGUCAUCAAAGAGAGCCGCUUCUCAGAUAUGUGACGUGAGCCUGUUUUGGGGCUAAAAGUGACAAAAAGCAGCUUUAUUACAGUCGCUCUCUGGUAACCACGAGCAGAAGAGUGAGUCUAACAAUGUGUCAGGUGGAGGAAGACUACCGUGACGGACUGGAGCGCGUGGAGGUGCCCAGUGUUUCCAAGAAGUGUGUCAAAUGCAAAGAGGCGAGUGCAGCUGUGGUCAUCAGAGCAGGAGACACAUACUGCAGGGGCUGUUUCAAAGAAUACUUUAUCCACAAGUUCCGAGCCAUGCUGGGCAAAAACAGGAUCAUUUUCCCCGGAGAGAAGGUCCUGUUGGCCGUGUCUGGAGGUCCUUCAUCCUGUUCGAUGCUCAGUCAAGUCCGAGAGGGUCUGAGUCUGAACGCUCACAAGAAAUUGAGAUUCUCACCUGGCAUCAUCUACAUUGACGAGGGCGGUGUCGUAGGUCAGACUGUGGAGGAGAGACGGAGGACGGUGGCUGAGCUGCAGGCUAUGUUCAAAGCCACCGGUUUCCCCUUUCACACGGUGGCUCUGGAACAGGUUUUGGACCUUCCCAGUUCAGUGGUGGCGAUGGCCCCAUCGCCCUCGGAGCAGCCGGCCAGCAACUACAAAGAAGCCGUAGGUCACUUCCUUCAGAGUACCAGCAGCAGCCGUUCGACGCCACAGGACGAGGAGCAAACGUCACUGCCGGAGGUUCCGGAGGCCCACACACACUUCCUGCAGCAGCUGAUUGGCUCGGCGAAGACACUGACGGCCAGACAGGACCUGCUGAACACAUUAAGGCAGCAUCUGCUGGUGCACACAGCUCGUACUGAGGGCUACAGCAAAGUGAUGCUGGGAGACAACUGCACCCGACUGGCAGUGAAACUGCUCACCAGCAUAACGCUGGGCAGAGGAGCACAGCUGGCGCAGGACACGGGUUUCUCAGAUGCCAGGUACGGUGACAUAACCUUGGUGAGGCCGAUGAGGGACUACUCCGCCAAAGAGAUCGCUUACUACAAUCACAUGUUCAGCGUGGCCUCUGUUUUCACACCGAGUCUGGACACUAAGACGACUGACAAAGCCAGUAUCCAGCGACUGACAGAGAGCUUUGUCACUAAGCUGCAGGAAGAUUUCCCCUCCACUGUCAGCACCAUCUACAGGACCAGUGAAAAGCUGCAGACGACAUGUCGGAGCUCAGCCAAAGCUGAACCCUCGGAAAAGUGUCUGCUGUGUGUGUGCGCCCUGGAUACUGCUGUUGAGAAUGCUUCAGCCUUUCAGGCCACACUGACGUCAGAGCAGCUCUCCCAGACUAAAUAUCCAGGAGCUGCCGGGACUGAGAUCCCAAGACAAAACCCAGAAUCAAGCGCUCCCUCUGGACAGUGCUGUUCCUCUGGAGGAGCAGAGGAUUGUGGGAGAGCAGAGAGAGGUGGUGGAGGCUGUUGUUCCUCUGCCAAGGAACCCGAGACGACCGAUCUGAAGAGCCUGUUGUGUUACAGCUGCCAGCUGACCCUCAAAGAUAUGUCGUCAGUGGAGCAUCUCCCUCAGUACAUCCUGUCAGAGGCUCAGAGGAGGCAAAGGAGGUCUCAGAUGAGGGAGGAGAUCAGUGAGUUCCUGCUGGAGGAUGGUGAGGGAGGCGAUUAGCAGCAGGAGGCUCCAAAGCUGAACGUUCACCUCCAGCAAGAUGGCGCUAAAAAAAUGAAUUCCAACCUGCAGGCAGCAAAGGACUUUGAAGCAUAACUGCUUAACAAGAAUGAGUCCAGUUUCAGAUAAAGAUCCAUGUGUUUGGAGAUUUAUCGGACACCAAAACAGUCUGUACAGGUUUGUAAUUCUGACAAACAGGAUUGUUCAAUUCUAGAAAACCAUCACUGCAGCAAAUAUUUUAUCUUUUGUCAUAAGGUCAAUGGUAAAAAUACAACAUACGUGCCAGGAGGUGAUCCUCCAGGAGUGUGUGUUCAUUUCUAUUUGUUUGGGCCUUUUAGAAACAGAACAUAUUAAAAUAUCUGUUUUCCAAGUCAA